CGUGGCUGUUGCUGCACUGGCAGCUGUCAUCCAAAUUAUUCUUAGAGGAGUACUUGAAUGCUACGUUAAUAUUGUUUCUAUUUUAUUUUUUUUAUCUCCGUACGUUUAUUUGGCGUCAAGAUGAUUUCGCUAACGGACUCCCAAAAGAUUGGAAUGGGAUUAACAGGCUUCGGCGUGUUUUUCCUCUUCUUCGGGAUGAUCCUGUUCUUUGACAAAGCGCUCCUGGCUAUUGGAAAUAUCCUGUUUGUUGCUGGACUUGCCUUUGUCAUCGGGCUGGAGAGGACCUUCCGCUUCUUCUUCCAGAAGCACAAGAUGAAGGCCACCAGUUUCUUCCUGGGAGGUGUGAUUGUGGUGCUGAUUGGCUGGCCCAUCAUCGGAGUUGUGCUGGAGAUCUACGGCUUUUUCCUCUUGUUCAGGGGUUUCUUCCCAGUUGUAGUGGGCUUCAUCAGAAGAAUACCCGUCCUGGGCUCGAUUCUGAACCUGCCCUUCAUCAGUGGAUAUGUGGACAAAGUGGGCGAGAGCAACACCAUGGUAUAACAGUGACUUUUUGUACCCAGAGGUGGCUUUUUGAGUACAGCAGGUUUUCUAAAGCAACACCAUCUCCCACGGGGCUGAUUUACAGCAGCUAAGGUUAUACGUUCAGAUCCCUCCCCCCUCCAGCAGGCAAAGACUGCUGUCUGUCUGUCUACCAUUCCACUGGUCAGUGCUACCAAUCAAAGGUUCAUCAGAGCGUUGCACCACCAGUCUGUUACUAAAGGGUGGAUUUACUGAGGUCACUACAAUAAAUACUUCAAUGCCAUUGAUCCCGUCACCAUUGAGUCCAUCUGGCACGAAAAUGGAGGAUGCAAGACUCAGUCUACGUGACUUUCCUACUCUGUGGAAGAAACCACUGACCACCACAAAGGACGAGGAGUGGACCGACAGCUUGCAACGUUGCCACAUUUCUGUGCCUGUGCUUUGACCUUAUUUGGACAAAGGCUUUUAAGUCCAAUGGUUUGUCUCUUUGCAUAUUUUCUGUGACACUUUGUUUUUGUCCCGCAGCUGUUUAAAUACCAAGUGUGUCUUUUGCAAUAUUUUCCCUUUGUUAUGUGUCAUUUCUGUUUACAAUUGGCUAAUGAGUACUUAGGUAUGAACAUUUUUUUGAAUCAUCUGCGCUUAGCUUCAUAAAUAGUGAGGUGCUACGGGAUCAUACUAGUAUUUGUUACUAUAUGUUAUUUUGACUACUACUAAAGUUUGGUCACACCAGAAAGUGGCAUAACCAACUGUUAUGAUGACAUGUGAAUGGUCCAUCCAGGUGGUGCUAGAAGCUUGGUAAUGUAGUGACCACUCAUCAGGCCUCGCUAGCAAACUACGGUAGCUGGUCAGCUAACGGCUAAAAUGCUAGCCCUUGGCGGUCACAAAAGCUCUCCAAGCUAGUUGGUUUGCUAAUUAUAAGUAGCAAGCAAGGUAGCUCAUACUGAAGGUUGAGUUUAUUCAAGAAACACAUUUCCUUACUGAUAACAGUAUCAAACAGGACAGUAUAACAGGGUUAUAUCAAAGGGAUUUACACCAGUUUUCUUUAAAGCAUAAUCAUUUUCUUAUGAAAGCCAAAACUAUGUAAAUGAGAGCCAACUUGUAGUAGAGUUAUCCCAUAAUGGACUUAAACAUGUAGACUACUGGUAUGGUCCUGGUUUCUCACUCAAGAAGUCUGAUCAGUGGUUCAGAACAGUCCAUUAAGUCUUUGUGUAAAGAAAUGAACUUACACUGAAGCAGCUGCAGCUUUACCUGUUUGUGGACCUCCAGAGAUUUUCUAUGUAAAUUACCAUUGUUUUAACAGAUAGCCCUCUAGUCUUCUCAUCAUUCUUUUGCCAAAUGAAUAUCCUUAAACUCUCUAUUGAUCUUUAAAUGUUCAGAUUCCCCUGUUUUCUUUCUUUGUGGGAGAGAAUCAACCACAACAACCCAGGAACUGAAUAAAUAAACCUCCUCAAUUGUGGGUCUUUGUGCUCAGUUAGUUACCUGUGAGAUGGCAAUGUUUUGCUGUAUGUUGCUUUUGUAAAUAAAUUAUGGAAGUUAGCUUUGUAUCUGCCA